UUGACCUUUUGCCCGUUGGAGUCGAGCAUUUCACAAGUUAGUUUGUAAUUGUAUCCGGUUUGAAGUGGGACUGUAGUUAUACUUCAGUGCCAAGCAACCAUUCUCUAUACUGUUCAAAUGGUUUCUUAACUUCAAUGAAUCGGUGAAAUUCUCGAUUUCCCUAGUACAUAACUCCUACUUCAGAGCUUAAAAAAUUCUGAAACUUAGUUCAUGGAAGAGAUGGUUGUUGCCGGUGGAGAAUCACCGGCGGAGGAGGCUGACGAUGGUUCCUUUGAUACCAUUGUGAAGGGUACUGAAAUGGUAACGGCUGAUGAAGACAAGAGGAUGUGGCUGCUAACCCAGAUAGUUAUGAAUUCUUUUCUUCUCCGGUUUAAAAAGGACCGGAUUCCGGUCGCCCAGAAACAUGCCACGGGUUUUCUUGAUCAUGCUUCCAGAAAGAAAAGAUCCGAGAAGAAGAGAACAGAGACCAAGAAAACUGAUGCGAUUCCUGAUUCUGAUACAAAAUUUCCAGUUUUCGGGUUGAAAACAGAGGGACAGAACCAUAACUUGAAUGAGUUCAAGAUAUUUCCUUCGGUCCCAGUUAUUGGAAAAUUAUUUGAAAGGAAAAACGAUGCUGAAAAAGAAUUGGAUAAGAUUCAGAUAAACUUCAAGAACUUGAUAAAGCCGACAGGAAAACGGGUUUGUGAAGACAGAGACGGCGAAGGGGAGUUGGGUGAGCUCGAGGACUCAAAGAAGCACAAAACAACCUGCCAGGCCAACUCGACGCCACAACCACAUUCCUGAGAAAUUCAAGAAUCAUACCUAUUUUUUGCGAUCGGAAAGCGCUUUAACAACUACCGAUCACCACGGACCGAGCCCCCUCGCGAAACAUGCCAACACGACGUUAAUCUUUGUUUCCUUUUUGAAUUAAAAACUGUGAUAUUGGAUUGUGGAGAAACUGAAACAUUGGUGUUUGGUUUGGAAUUUUCUUUGAUUUUUUUGUUUCUAAUUAUUUGGGUUUUCAAUUUUAGUAUCAUUCUUACUGUGCUAAUUUAGAUUUGGAAUUGUGUGUAGUUAUGAUGGGGUUAUUUUGGUUUUUUUCUUGGAUGCAAUUAAGAAGAUGCAUAAGAAUUUAGAAAUUUUUUAUUCAUUGCUAAUGUUUAAAUUUAAAAUUUUUAACAAAUAAUUUUAUUUUUUUAUGCAUUGAGACAUUCUUUUGAGAGGCUACAUUGUUGCUUGAUGUUUCACUGUAUUAGUUUGUGCUGGUGAUGGGUGGUGGAGAGAGAAGGGAAGUGAUUUUAACAUGAAAAUCAAGAGGGUUUUCAUUU